AAAAAGAAUUAAGCGGGAAACCCUAUGGCCUUAUUAAGAGAUUUGUUUUUUUUGAAGGGUCUUCAGAAAAGUCUUUUAAAGAGAGGAUCAAAGAUCCUUUAGAAAAAUCACUGGUCAAAAGGAUUGAAGAUUUAGAAUCUAAAAUAGAACAACUCA